AUGUCUGAAGUGUCAAAGAAGACUCUGUCUUCGUUGGUCGAAGCUCGCUAUCGAGAUGGCCAAUUAAGCCAACGUCCUCUUCCCGACUAUCUACCACCAACUCUCGAGACCAUCCUGAGCCACAAGUCUUUCCGGUCAUUUUUGCCAACCGCUUUGCCAACCGGCACAUUGGAAGCACUAGUAGCGGCAGCUCAGAGCGGCUCGACAUCCUCAAUGAUGCAGACCUGGGACGUCAUCGCCAUCCAAGACUCCAGCCACAAGAGCGCAGUAGCAAAACUUGCCGGGGACCAAGAGUUCAUCCGCGAGGCUCCACUGUUCCUAGUAUUCUGCGCAAACCUGAACCGACUAGCGAACAUUUCUCAAAAGUGCAACCAGCCUGCUGAGGCCCUUUCCAGCAUGGAUCUUUUCCUGAUGGCUUGUAUCGAUGCCUCGAUCGCAGGUCAAAGUGCAGCCAUUGCAGCCGAGUCUCUGGGUCUGGGCAUCUGCUAUGUUGGUGCUGUACGAAACAAUGCCCAGAAAAUGUGUGAGCUUCUCAAGCUUCCGCCCAAUACAUUUGGACUUUUUGGUAUGGCGGUGGGUUUCGGAAUCGAGGCAGCCUAUUCUGAGCUGAAGCCCCGACUCCCGAUGGCAGAAAUCUGCCAUAGUGAAACCUGGAGUGAAGAUGACCAGGAGGCACAUGUUGAGUCGUAUGAUCAAUCGCUUGGUUCGUUCUAUUUUGAGCAAAUGCGACUCGAUCGCAAGUGCUGGAGUGCAUUCAUGGCUGCGAACGUCGCUUCCAAGCAACAAGAUGGCCGUGAGAAUGUCAAGAAAGUCUUGGAAAACCAAGGAUUCAAGCUCCAGUAG